UAAUACGCGCCGCCGCCGGAUGCAUCACAAUCACCGCAUCUCGCCGGAGAAGAGACUAUACCCCCUUACCUUAGAAAGGGUAGAGGAGAGCAGCGGCGGCCGGCGAAGAUGGUGUGCAUCCGGCAGGCAACGAUCGACGACCUGCUGGCGAUGCAGGCGUGCAACCUGAUGUGCCUGCCGGAGAACUACCAGAUGAAGUACUACUUCUACCACAUGCUCUCCUGGCCGCAGCUGCUGUUCGUGGCGGAGGACUACGGUGGCCGUAUCGUCGGCUACGUGCUGGCCAAGAUGGAGGAGGACCCCUCGGAGCCCUGCCACGGCCACAUCACCUCCCUCGCCGUGCUCCGGUCCCACCGCAAGCUCGGCCUCGCCACCAAGCUCAUGUCCGCCGCGCAGGCCGCCAUGGACCAGGUCUUCGGCGCCGAGUACGUCUCCCUCCACGUGCGCCGCUCCAACCGCGCCGCCUUCAACCUCUACACCUCCACCCUCGGCUACCAGAUCCACGACAUCGAGGCCAAGUACUACGCCGACGGGGAGGAUGCUUACGAUAUGCGCAAGAUGCUGCGGCAGCCUCAGCCCAAGAAGCACCACCACCACCAUCACGGCGGUGGCUGCUGCUCCCAUGACGCCCCUCCUGCGGCGGCUGGUUCUUCCCCGACUUCCACUUCGCCGGAGAAGAAGGCCGACACUUGAAAGGGAGCCAUUGGAUGCAAAUGAACCAACCGGGCUUGUGUAAAUUGUGCUCUCCUUUUUGGAGAAACGAUUGUAGCAGGGCCUUAGAGAUCUUUAAUGUGAUUAUAUGCCAAUGUAGGCUUUCUUGUUGGUCGAUGAUAACCAACAACCUUGGCCUGAUACCCUGUAAUUCUUGCCUGGGAAUGACAUGCACAUAUUUUUAUUACUUCGAAUUGUUGUUGUGCUUGUAAUACAUGGCCAGAGUCUUUAAAAGCUCUGUGAGCAGUAUUUUGGCAAAAUCCUUUCCUGGCCUGGUGAGGCAGUACGCAAUAAAAUCUGUUUGGAUUGGAUGUCCCA